AUGUCAUUCAGUCAAAUGAGACCUUGAACAUCACAGUGGGUGGAGCUCCAUGUUUUUUAUGUCCCAGAAGAAGUGUGGGACUUCAAGCUGAAUACAGUUCCUGUAGCUCUUGCUAGCAAAUUCAUCUCAGCUGGAUUUAUAAGGGUGUCUCCUCACAUCGCAUUAAGAGUGCUACGGGAGAAGCCUGGAGAAUACCUGGGUAGAGUUGCAGUUGCAGAUAAAUUCAGAUUUUUAAAAUGCAUUGGGAAAAAACUAGCAGUGGUGAAAGCAACGCAAGAAACAGAACUGGAACUGAAGUCACUUGCUCCUCCUUAUGCACUUUAUCCUGAAUUAUAUUUAUUACCUGAACUGGAAUACUUUGAAGAUGCUUAUCCAUUAUCAUCAUCAACUCAAUAAAGACAUCCUUCUCAUGCAGAAGCUAAUAGGUUUGGUCAUGGAUCAAGAUUAUCCAGUCUUCCCCAACAGAAGCCUGAAAAAAGCAAACAAUUUUUAGAAAGCAUACAAAGCAGUCAUCAGCUAGAAAAUCAUGAAAUGUGUCCUGUAGAAUGGGGUGAGAAAGAACCUGUCCCCGUUUUGCACACAAAAUAUAAGCAAGCCCAUAACAAUGGUAUUCAAGAAAAACAGAUACAGUUUAGAGAAAAAGAUCAAAAUGAAUCCAGUGGAUCUCUCUGCACACCAAGUCAUUCAAAUUCUGCAGACUGGGAAUCUGGAAAGAGUGAUACGGUAUCACAGACCUCUCAGUGAAAUCGUCUCAGCCAAGAUCAAAGAGAGCAUAACGCUCCUAAGUGGAAUAACAAGGCCAAAGGAACUGCUGUUACUCUUAAUGUAAACCACAGUGAGGAACAAGGCCAGAAACCGAACCAAAAUCACAUUAAAUAUCAAAAGGAACUAACAAACAUAGAAAAUAAUGACCCAAAAGAAGAUAACAAACUAAGAAGAAAUGGAGCACAGGAUGCUGGAGUUCUUAAAAUAAUGGAAGACCAAACCACAAAAUAUGUGCACAAAAAGCAAAGCUUGCAGCAAUACAGAACUAGCAAGUCUGUCGCUGCUCCUGAUGAAAAACUGGAUAAUCAGGCAGAUGUAAACAAGCACAAUCAUCUUACUUGUCCAAAAAAAUAUAUUUCGCCUCCUAGUCCACCUUCUCUGGCACUUUCUGUAAAUCCAGCUCAAGUUCCCACAGCUCAGGCAGCCA